CACUAUAGCUUCCUGUACUGCAGGGUCCCCCUUCCUGUGUCCAACGCCCUGUUUGCGCCAGGUUUCUGGGAAACCCUCACAGGGUUGUACCGGCCAGGUUGCAGUGCGGUGUAUUGUACAAGGGCUCAAUGUUGGCACAUAGGGGUUGAAUGCACAAUGUGAAGUGUAGUGGUGCUGUUUACCUCACGUUUGCUUGGUACAGAGUGCAUAUGUCAAAAAAACACAAUUGGUAGCCUGAAUAUAGAUUGCCACUAAAGAUUGCAAAGAUGUAAACUUAGAAGUUGUCCUGGUAAGUAUGAAGGAUAUUCAUUUAAUUUUUGUUUAUAUAUUUAUGUUUGACUAAGUUAUAGGCUGAAAUUAGUCCCCCUUCAAGAACUACACUGUAAAAGUUAAAUGCCAUCUAGUGACAGUUGACUACUGACAAUUGGAAUAAGACACAGACCAUGACCUGGUUUCUCAACAAUGUCAAAAACCUGUCAAAUGGGAAGAAACACUAAACUUAAACAAAGACCAACCAUCUAGUUUUGUAUGUACAUAAAAUGGCUACACAACCUUUGCAGUCCAGUUUGGGGGCUGGAGCAUUUCUUCACCUGAGUCUCAAAAACUGUGGUGUUUCUCAAUCUUAUUUGGUGUAAAGGCUUGUCUGUUAUGGUUUAUUCUUUAGCAUCCAAAAUAUAAAGUUGCAACUGAUUAGAUUUUUGUUUUAUCCUGUAACUGAUGCAUCAUUACACACAGGGUUGAGAAACACUUUUAUAUUUGAGUUAACAUGUGAAUUCUAUUAAUUGUUAGUUUGUUAUAUUAUUUAGCUUUGGAGUUUUGAUUAUUUUCCACUUUGUUUUAGAAACAGCAGUUACACUGCCAAGGAUGACUAUUUCGUAGCAAUUGAUCUCCAGCUGCAAUAUACAAUGUCUGGACAGUGUAAAUGACUUUUCAAUGAGUUGAAUACAUUUGUAAUCUUUUAUAAUGUGAAUGGAGUCAUGUUACUCUGCUAAAUGGCUAUAUGAAUGUAUAACAAGUCAGACUUGGUCAUCAAGACCAAUAAUUCAGGACCAUUUAAUUAAUCAUUUAUCUGAAAAUGGCUGAACUGAAAUGGGUAAAUAGACAACAAAGCAGGAACUAUUAUUUAACAGAAUGGGACCAUGUUCAGACAUUGUACAUUCAAAGAACAAGUGACCACCUAGAAUUGUCAUAAAGUAAAGUAUCAAAGUUGAUAAGGUAAGGGUGUGUAUGUGUCAAGAACAUAAUUCAUCUUUUCCGAGAAACAAUUAUGUGACAGUCGUCCCUCACUUAAAGUCUCUGGUUGAGAAAGACUUGCGUAUGACUGUGGUACUAUGUUCAUGCAUGAUGUGUAUAAUAAUCAUGUCACCUGCCCUUCAGUCUCCAGCCUUUGGUUAAUGACGGUGUGUCUCCUUUGUGUUCUUGUCUCCUCUCCCAGCCUGCACCUCACCACCUUCUGCCUGCAGCACAAGCCCACAGUCAUCGCCUGCGUCUGCAUCCACCUGGCCUGCAAGUGGUCCAACUGGGAGAUCCCCGUCUCCACCGACGGCAAGCACUGGUGGGAGUACCUGGACCGCAGCGUCACGCUGCAGCUGCUGGAUGGCCACACAAGCUGCUAAGAAGCCAAAGACAGAUUUCCAGUCGGGGGACAAUGCCUUCCAGGGGACCUCCUCCAUGGACAGCAUUCCUGGUGUCACCAGCAAUUCUUUUUUCCCCUCCACCUCCAUGUUGGACUCUGGAGAUAUGCUCUCCCUGGACGGAGCAGGGGCGUCUUACGGCUCCUACCAAGCUCUCGGAGACCCCUCCGAUACGUGCGGCUUCGACCAGGGUCCUCCUUUUCCUUCACUAGUCACCCAUUCAAAGUACACCCCAAGUAAACACGAACACAAAGCGGGCAGCGGUGGGGAGAAGCACCCACAGCCCAGCAACCCCCCGCCUUUCCCCCGUCCUCAGAAAAUGACUCUAGACAGGUACAGAGAGAAGCACGCUGCAGACCUGGCCCUGCACAACGGGCGCGAGGAGCAGCCGGGGGAAGUGUACCUGUCCCCCACUCCCUCCGGUCACCACCACCAUCACUACCACCACCACAAGAAACGCUCGCAGCCCCAGCAGGCCCCUCCGGCGGGCGAGCGGAGGGACAAGGCCAGUUCAAAAAAAACCCGUCCUCCUCCGUCCUUUGCCGAGAACGGAAGCGCCAGCAGCGAAGAGCUAAAGAUGAGGAUCAAGGUGUCGUCGGAGCGCUCCCACACCGCCUCGGAGCAGGGCGGGGCCACACACGGCAGAGACAAGCACAAAGACCCCUCGGGCCACCGUCACCCCAAGCACGGCCACUCCCACCCCUACGCCACGAGCAGCAACGGGCGAGGGGUGGCUGACGGGGCCACACUGGCCUUCCGGGGCCCCACGGGCCACAGCAGCGACUCUGGUUCCAGCUCCUCCAGGAAAAGGGGCCACCCGGACAGCUCCCACAACCACCACCACCACUCUGCCAAGAGCAGCAGGAGCUCCAAGAGUGCUGGUGGCUCCGCCCACUACUCCUCAGAGGGCAGCCAGAGGACGGUGGAGAGGCACGGCCACGAGGGAACCAACGGAACGCUGGGCUCCAACGGCCAACACACCGACUACAAAGACACUUUCGACAUGCUGGACUCUCUGCUAAGUGCCCAAGGGAUGAACCUGUGAACCAGGGUCCAUGGAGGGCGGUGUCGGAUAGAUUUGAGAAUUAGGUUUUCAUGAUUUUAAGAAAUGUGGAGUAAGGAACAAAAAAAUGAUUUUAUGACUUAAGUUAUGUCAAUUCCGCAUCAUCCCCAGUCCUUUCCUGUGUUAAUUAUUGAGUAUCCUUAAAGGUUAGCCAGAUUCGUACUACAUACAGAGCUUUGAGCUGCCUGUUUGAGAACUCCAGGCGAGUGCCAGGUUUGGUUCUGUGAUUUGGGGGGGUGGGGGGGGGGGGGGGGAAAUGAAAAAGAGGAUUUAAAUUCCGUUUUAAUGCAAGCCAUCUUUUUAUGUUGUUUUUAAGUGACGUGCAUGUUUCAAUCACAAAAGGGAAGAACUAGGCAGGUGAUGGUUGACAGUUUAAUGUUGUGUACAUUUGUCUAGGUUACCGUUUUAUUCCUUGAACGAAAAGUAAAAAAAACUCAGGUCUUGAAACUUUUUGAUAUGAGAAAGAAUCUUCCUCUCCUUGGGUGUCCUGCCUUUUAUCUGUGGAGAUGUGUAACGUUUGUCCAUUGUUGCUACGGACGAAGCUCAGCUUCUGUCUCCGGAGCUUGUGUCUUUGUCCACAAGAGGAGGGCACAAAUUGUAGGUUUGUAUGAUGAGAAUCGGACUGAUCUCACACUGCUAGUCGAGGCCAUGUACUGUCUGGUGGUGUCCUGAAACUGCUCGUUGAGACAGCCUCAAAGCUUAAACGCAGACCAUUCUAGAGCUAUAAAUGAAGUUUACGUUAAAAAAAAACUAUCUGCUGUGAAGUGCAUUUGAGAUCUCAGCAAAAUUGCAAAAAGCCUUGUGAUUGUAAGUUGUCAAUUGCUAUUCAAAAUGGUAAAUGUCUAAUUAACCAUGUGAAAAGACCUCUGUAUAAGAUUGUAUAUAGGACUGUAGUUCAGAGUUAUAAACAGUUGGCCCAGUCCAAACAUUGUCAUUCAGUGUAUUAUGAGGGCCUAAAGCAGACUUUCUGUAUUGAUGAAAAUAUUCUUGAUUUGUGUGCCGGGAGCCCUAAUAAAAGUGUAAAACACAAUUUUACACAACACAG